CUGUGAAUUCAAAGUAUACCUAGGGAUUGUGGGAAGGCGGCUGAACGCGGAGCCUAGAAGGAUGGAGGCGGCGGAGACAGAGGCGGAAGCUACAGCCCUAGAGGUCCUGGCUGAGGUGGCAGGCAUCCUGGAACCUGUAGGCUUGCAGGAGGAGGCAGAACUGCCAGCCAAGAUCCUGGUUGAGUUUGUGGUGGACUCCCAGAAGAAAGACAAGCUGCUCUGCAGCCAGCUUCAGGUAGUGGACUUCCUGCAGAACAUCCUGGCUCAGGAGGACACUGCUAAGGGUCUGGACCCCUUGGCUUCUGAAGACACGAGCCGACAGAAGGCAAUUGCAGCUAAGGAACAAUGGAAAGAGCUGAAGGCCACCUACAGGGAGCACGUAGAGGCCAUCAAAAUUGGCCUCACCAAGGCCCUGACUCAGAUGGAGGAAGCCCAGAGGAAGCGGACACAACUCCAGGAAGCCUUUGAGCAGCUCCAGGCCAAGAAACAAGUGGCCAUGGAGAAACGCAGAGCAGCCCAGAACCAGUGGCAACUACAACAGGAGAAGCAUCUGCAGCAUCUGGCAAAGGUUUCUGCAGAGGUGAGGGAGCGUAAGACAGGGACUCAGCAGGAGCUUGAGGGGGUGUUUCAGAAACUUGGAAACCUGAAGCAGCAGGCAGAACAGGAGCAGGACAAGCUGCAGAGGUACCAGACCUUCCUCCAGCUUCUGUAUACCCUGCAGGGUAAGCUGUUGUUCCCUGAGGCUGAAGCUGAGGCAGAGAAUCUUCCAGAUGAUAAACCCCAGCACCUGACUCGACCCCAGGAGCAGAGUACAGGAGACACUAUGGGGAGAGAUGCUGGUGUGCCCUUCAAGGCUGUGAGUCUACAACCUGCUGGAGAUGCAAAUUUGCCGUGACUUCCCGGAGGACAACAGCAUGGAGAAAGAUCCUAGAAUAGGCCUCUGACUUCCCUCACCACCCCCAACCAUCAUUCCAGGAAAGACUGAACUCCUGAGUUCAGCCUGAUUACUGACUACAUCCCAGCAAGCUCUGGCAUCUGUGGAUUAAAAGCCCUGGAUCUCUCUCAGUUGCGUAUUUGUUCUUCUUCAUAUGCUGGCAGGAAGAACUAUUAGUACAGAUACUCAGAAGCCAAUAACAUGACAGGAGCUGGGACUGGUUUGAACACAGGGUGUGCAGAUGGGGAGGGGGUACUGGCCUUGGGCCUCAGGGGUUGCUUCCCCCUAUGAUGCAGACAUGCUGAAUUUAAUUCAAGGAGGAGGAGAUUGCUUUAGGCAGGUGGUUAUAUGUGGGAAGAUAAUUUAUUCACUAAUCCAAAUUUUAUUCAUGGAUCCAAAUGUUUGUUGAGUCCUUUCUUUGUGCUAAGGUUCUUGAUGUGAACCAGAGCUGUAACAGUGAGCUCAUCUGACUGUUUUAGGUUGUAUAGCCUAGUGUUAACAUUCUUAGUGUCUUUUUGUGCCUUAAAACAUUUCUUGAUCACUGGUUUCAGAUGUUCAUUUAUAAUAUUCUUUUCAAAGAUUCAGAGAUUGGCUUUUGUCAUCCACUAUUGUAUGUUUUGUUUCAUUGACCUCUAGUGAUACCUUGAUCGUUUUCUACUUUCUGUUUUCAGAUGGAGAAGAUGUACCUUUUUUGUAAACUCUUAUUUUGUAAACUCUUAUUUUUAUCAGAUGAUCAACUCAUGUACUUGAAUAUUUGUUUUCUCAAAUAAAUAUUUAAGGCUAUACAUUUCUUCUGACUUCCUUUAUUUUCACAAUCAUUCAAUUCAUAGCAUUUUCUAUAUUCUGUUAUAAUUAUUUCAUUGAUUCAUAAAUUUCUUUGAAAAAUAAUUUGGUCUUCUAUUGAUUGUGGGAAGAUAAUCUAAGUUUAUAGAGAAUGUCAUCUAUUUAACAAACUUUGAAAUUUGG